UGUUCUCAUUACGGAAUCAGGAGGAUGAGGUUCAAAAUCAACCCAAGUCGGAGAAAAUAAAAACAAGACAAAGAAGAAGAAGAAAAGGCCAAAAGGUGUGUUUGGGGCUGUCUCUGUCUUAUCGGAAAUCAUCUUCUUCCUCAUCCUCAAUCUUCACGCCUCCUUCUUCCUCUUCAUUUCUCCAGAAAAGGAAGUAAAUUGGACCUUUGCCAAUUCUCCAAUUAUCGUCAAGGUCUUGGCGGCUUUAAUUGUUCCUUUGCUUGAUCGUAGACUAGGGUUUUUGGGAGGUUGAUGAUCAGGUGUGAGAGGAAUUCUUCCUCGAAUUUGAGUAUCAUAGAGAGUAUAUGCUAUCCAGAAGCGUGAGUCGUUGCUGCCAAUGACCUUUUGCCUUGACUAUUCCUUGCUUUGGUUUGUUGGUUUGAUGCUAAGCUUCAAGUCACUUGUUGCAAUCUGACAAUACAGAAGAAUGAAAAGUUUUAGAGAUUGGAUUUUCUCUCAGUUACUAUCCAAGACAUUAAUCUCAUCUAGACCACUAUCAGGCAGUGGUAGUUUCUAUGACGAGGGACCUCAGAGUGGAGAAUACGAAGGGCAAGGUAUGGUUCAGUCAGCUGGUUUGGUAGUGCCAUCACUUGCUUCUACUACAUCAAACUCUUCUGAUGGUAAUCAGAGCAAUCAACAUAAUUCCACCAUGCAGCGGGUAUCAGAUACAGAACCCUGUCACUCUCAACAUUGUGUCAUAGAAAAGCAGAAGGAUCCCUUGGCAAAGAUUGAAGAUCUCCAAGUUAAGUUCUUCCGACUGCUUCAGCGCCUUGGCCAGUCACAAGAAGAUCUUCUGGUUGCAAAGGUUCUUUAUCGGAUGCACCUAGCAACAUUGAUUCGUGCUGGGGAAUCAGAUCUGAAAAAUGUUAACCUUAGCAUUGGCAGAUCACGAUCAUUAGCAAGCCAGCAAGAGGCAAUUGGUGUUCCCCAAUUGGAUUUCUCCUGCAGCAUACUUGUCCUGGGUAAAACAGGAGUUGGUAAAAGUGCUACCAUAAAUUCCAUAUUUGAUCAACCAAAAACCAUAACUGAUGCGUUUGGACCUGCAACUAACAGGAUUCAGGAAGUUGUGGGAACUGUCAAUGGGUUUAAAAUAAGGGUAAUAGAUACCCCUGGUCUCUUGCCUUUCUCUACUAGUAAUGUGAAGAAAAAUAAGAGAAUCUUGCUUUCCAUAAAGAGAUUUAUUAGAAAGGCCCCCCCAGACAUUGUUUUGUAUGUUGAAAGACUUGAUCUUAUCGGUGCAGGCUAUAAUGACUUCCCUAUUAUGAAACUUAUAACUGAAGUAUUUGGCACGGCAAUCUGGUUCAACAUCAUCCUUGUCUUGACUCAUUCUCACUCAGCUAUUCUGGAAGGACCUGAUGGGCACAUUUUCAAUCAUGAGUUAUAUGUGUCUCAACGUACUAAAUUAAUGCAGCACUAUAUUCAUCAGGCAAUUUCUGACUCAAGGCUUGAAAACCCCAUUCUUUUGGUUGAGAACCAUCCUCUGUGUCCAAAAAAUAUUAUGGGGGAAAAGAUUCUUCCAAAUGGACAAGUCUGGAGAUCUCAAUUAUUGCUAUUUUGCAUUUGUACCAAAAUUCUGGCAGAUGUCAAUUUCCUUCUUAAGUUUCAGGACAGUGUGGAACUGGGCCCUUCAAAUAGCGCAAGAAUGCCUUCUCUGCCUCAUCUUCUCUCAUCCCUUUUACGCCGGCACUCUGUAUCUCAUCCAAGUGGAAUGGAUGAUGAAAUUGAUCAAAUAUUACUCAAUGAUAUGGAAGAAGAAGAUGAAUAUGAUCAAUUGCCGUUUCGAAUUUUGAAUAAGGCCCAGUUUGAAAAAUUGUCCAAGGUGCAGAAAAAAGACUAUCUUGAUGAGCUGGAUUAUAGAGAGACUCUCUACUUAAAGAAACAGAUGAAAGAAGAGUACCACAGGCACAGAGAGAAGAUGCUCUUGAAGGAGCAAAAUAUGUUGAAUACCGAUCAUCCUGAUGAUCAGAAUGAACCUCCGGAGCCUAUUCUGUUACCAGAUAUGGCUGUUCCUGUGAGUUUUGACUCAGAUUGUCCUCUAUAUAGAUAUCGUGGCCUUGUUGCAAGUGACCAAUGGCUUGCAAGGCCUGUUCUUGAUCCCCAAGGAUGGGAUCACGAUGUGGGCUUCGAUGGUAUAAACUUGGAGACAGCUAUCGAAAUAAACAAGAACACAUAUGCAUUGCUCUCUGGGCAGAUGAAUAAAGAAAAACAAGAUUUUAGCAUUCAAUCAGAGUGUGCUGCAGCUUAUGUGGAUCCUAGGGGUCUUACAAAUUCUAUAGGUGUUGAUGUUCAAUCUGUUGGUAAAGAUAUGAUUUGUACAAUUCAUGGCAACACAAAAUUGAGAAACAUAAAGCAUAAUAUUGCAGAUUGUGGUGUUUCUGUGACAUCUUUUGCAAAGAAGUAUUAUAUUGGUGCUAAGAUUGAGGAUACUUUACUUGUAGGGAAAAGACUAAAAUUUGUCCUAAAUGCAGGCCACAUAGUUGGUGCUGGACAAGUGGCAUAUGGUGGAAAUUUUGAAGCUACUCUAAGAGGAGGAGAUUUUCCCGUGAGAAAUGACAAUGUAAGUCUCGCAAUGACAGUCCUCUCCUCCAAUAAAGAGAUGGUGUUGAGUGGAAGCUUACAAUCCGAGUUCAGGCUGGGUGGAAGCUCUAAAGCUUCUGUUAGUGCUAAUCUCAAUAGUCGGAAAAUGGGGAAAAUAUGUAUAAAGACAAGUAGCUCAGAGCAUUUACAGAUUGCUCUUGUUGCAGUGUUCUCAAUUUUGAAGGGCUUGCUACGUCCAAAGGCAGCUGAUAUAACAUGAACAAGGAAGCAAGAGAUUGAGGGUAAGGCGUUGAUUUGCUAAUGCUCAUCUCAUUUUGUUUAUGGAUUUAAUUGAAUUGGUGAAGUAGUCUAGAUGCCAAACAUGGAUUUGGUCCUUUUUUGCCGAGGGAAAACGUAAGUUUAGAUUUUAAUUCUUUUGAGGAGGCUCUGCGACAAUUUUGUUGUUCCUGAUACUACUGAUGCCUGUCUUGAAGAAUGUCAAAGGUUGGUUUCGUGAACCUAUUUCUAUCAGAAGUGUUUCUGAAAAAUAAGGUAGUCUUGAAGAAUGUCGAAGGUUGAUAUGUCUUGAACCUAUGUGUAUCGUAAAUGUUUCUGAAAAGUAAGGUAGUCGAGACUUUGACCAUGAGAAGUUAUCAACAAAUUAAAUUACUGCUGUAUAGUAUAGUAAUGCAAAGAAAAUGUUUUUUUUUUUUUUCUUGUUCCAGUAAGUUAGAACGUGGACGAGUUGAUAACCAGCGAUGUUUUCAAGAAAUAUGGAAAGUGUUCCUGAGUCUCUUUAAA